AUGAAUCUGUUUCAAACGGCCGGCCUGGUUGUUUGCAUCACCUCGAUUUGUUGUUUUAGUUUCAAUUUGUUCGUUUCUCGUGGGAUUUUUCGACUGACCAAGCAGAAUCCAAUGUUCUACCUCAUUUUGAGCCAGGUAAUUAAAAUUUUCGGUAAAAGUUCCUUAUUUUGGCGACAACUUAUAACUUUGCGGAAACUGGUCGGAAUUAGCCCAAAUUUAGCGUGCACGCUCAAUUCAUCGUUGUCAAUGCCCGGACAGUGGAUUUAGUUAGUGAGGUACCUUCUUUUUUACGUACCACCUUACCCUUCAAAAACGGCUGCAGCCUGUGAUUUUACACUUUAUACGAUGAAACAUGUCCGGAACUAAACUUAUUGCCUCCGUAUGGAACUAAAUGAGCCUUCGUGGGUACCCUUAAAACUAUAAAGCUAUUAUAGUAAUUCAGUGCCAGCUAGGUCGAAGCGUUUUUUCCUAACUUUAGUGCCCAAGCUUGGGCGCAGUUCGCGGAGUACCUUUGUUGUGGCCAAAAUAAGGAACUUCUUCCAAAAUGUUUUUUUAAAUCCCGUUUUCCAAUUUUUUUUCAAAAUAUCUCAUUUUUUCAAAAAAAAUCUUUUUCAAAAAAUUUAACUUUUCCCAAAAAUUUUUUUUUCAAAAAAAUUGGAUUUUUUCAAAAAAAAUUUUUUUUUCAAAAAAAUCCGUUUUUCAAAAAAAAUUUCAAGAAAUCUCAUUUUUCCAUAUUUUUUAAAAUUUUCAGAUAGUGUGCGACUGUUGGGGACUCUCCCAAACCUUUCUUCUAGCCCUCGAAACCUUCAUCGCCUACAAGAUCCCCGUUUCGAACAAGCUGAGUGCCUUGGGCAGUCGGAUUGGAUUGUACACGAUAUGCAUGCAUCACAUGAUAAUUGGCGUUAAUCGAGUGCAUUCCAUUGUUUUGCCGCAUCAAUACAAAAAUUUUUGGACCAUUUUGUAGGUCUAUUUUUGUUUGUAAAUUCAAGAAAAUUCAAAAUUUCAAAAAAAAAAAAAUUGCCCAAAAAAUCGGGAAUUUUUACAUACAGAGAUCUUGCCAUAGGUCAACAAUAUUUCUACAAAAAAUCAAACUUCUCCUAACAAAAUUCGCAAAGAUACGGCCAAAAAAAAGAAUUUUCUCUGACCGCUCUCCUCAUUUUCCAUAGUCUCUCGUCCCCAAAGAUCGUUGAAUUUCUCGGCUCUCCUUGCAAAUCACGGACUAAAAUUUUCAGCGAUUGAUAUGAGGCCUGUUUAUAGUCUAUACACAAAAUUUCACGAAAAUCUUACAGUUGCAGUUAGAGGAAUGACAUUAUUUUAGUUGAUCAGGCCUUGAAAUUUUUAAUUUCUAUUUUUUCCAUAUUUUCUGGCAAAUACUAAAAAUUCUUUUUUCACUGUAAAUUCAGAGGGCUAGAAUUUUCAUUUUUAACAAGUUACCAUCAAAUUUUCAGAACAAGUAAAAUCACUAUCGUCAUUUUAUGGACUUGCUCACUGACCAUAAGUUCGGUAACAAUUUACGCCGUCGACGUCUCCGAAGACGACAUUCUUGGCCAUUGUAUCGAGCGUAUGUCCUAUUGUGUCCCCGAUCCUACAUCGGCGGGGUAUCGACUGGAAAUCAAGAUUAAUUUGUGUUAUUAUGGGACCACCUUAUCCUUGGCGUUUCUAUUUUACAUUCUCGCGCUGAUAAAAAUGCUAGUGGACAAAUGCGCAAACAGUAAGUGAUUUAAAAAGUAAUUUAAUGCGAUUUAUCAUCAAAACUUGAUUUUUACAAUUUUUGAGAUUUCCAAAAAAUUCGUCAUCAUGACGUCAUUUUCUAUGGAAAUGACGUCAUCGCAAGUAGAAAAUUUUUUCAUAGCUUAGAAAUGACUUCUUAGAAAAUCUCCGCCAAAAUUUUCAUCGAUUUAUGUUUCUAAAAUGUUGUCAUCAUGACGGAAUUUCUGGAAUUUUUGCAAAAUCCUACUAUCCUCGAAUUUGUGUGAUAUUAAACUGAGUUUUUGAUACAAUGAGCUUUCAUAAAUGUAUUUAUAACCCUGUGUAUUCAAAAAUUUUCAUUUUGUAGCACUAUUUCACUACUUAUUACAAUAAUUGUAUUUUAGUGCAAAAACGCCAUACGAAAAUGUUCUUCGCCCCCAAUUGGCAAUGGAACAUGCAUGUACGCUUGUGCUUCAUCUGUUUUCUGACCCUUCUGCCUAUGUUCCUCUACAUGUAUGUCCUGUUUUUCCUGCGCCCCGCCACUCCGGUUACCGUACUCUUGGCCCGAUGGCUGGACAAUUUUAACGACUCUGUGAACGCAACCCUAUUGUUUCUGUUCAGCAAAAGGGUUCGGAGGUCAGUGUGGAAAUCGCGAACAUCCACUAGCCAUGUUAUGACGGUCGUCAGCUCGAGCAAACAAAAGACGCCACAAUAAAAAGAUAUUAGACACCAUGGAUAAUACAACUCGCAAAAUUAUCGUAAAAUUUAUGGACAAAAGCAAUAAUUGUCGAAAUAAAUGCUCUUUGACACUUCAAAUUUCGUUAUUAAAUCCAGUUUUACUCGAAUUUCCGAGCAAAUCAGUUGUGGCAUUUCGUCCAAACGAAGUGUCAAUGUAUUUCUUGACAUUUCGUCCAAACGAAAUGUCAAGAAAUAUUUCGCGCCCAAAAAAUUUCUUUUUUCUUGCGAAAUUGUAUUGUUGAGUUUGUACUAACUGUAGAAACAGUAAAUAAUUAGAAUGGAGCCGUCUAGAGCCAAAAUGCGGCGAUUACAAUCAUCCGUGGAGGGAAAUCCAUCGUUGUCCAGAGAAUUGAGCGCUUCUGAAGCUGCGUUGUACGAUAGACAAAUCCGUUUGUGGGGGCUAGAAGCUCAGAACAGGUAAGAGGUUGCGCUUUACUUUAUUUCUUGGUUUAGGACACUUGAAAAAUAAAUGGAAGGACUUUUCGAUAUUACCCAUGAGGUUGGCUAAAAAGUUAAAUUUUUGGAAAACUUACACUUCUUUCUGAUGCCUUUUACUUUUGAGCCUAUUUUACAUGGCGUAUUUUAUCUUUUUUUGUCUGCUUUUCUCUGUGAAACAGUCUUUUCACAAAGACAAUUCAAAAUUGUAUUGUACUAGACAUUUUUUUCACGGAAUUGCUCAUAAAUGGUUUUGUUCUUUCAGAAUCCGAGACUCUGCUGUUUUGAUCGUUGGCAUGGGUGGUCUUGGGGCUGAAGUCGCGAAAAAUUUGAUCUUAGCCGGUCCAAAAUCUGUUACUUUACUUGAUGAGAAAGACAUCACUGGAGACGACUCGUUAGCUCAAUUUAUGAUGCCAAGUCAGCUUCCAGAGAAAGCAAAUGUAAGUCACAGUUUGACUGUUGCUUUUUCCCGAGUUUAGACUGCAUUUGACAUGGAGUAGAAUUAAUUUUCUCAUGGAUAAUAUAAUUUUUAGCGUGCUGAAGUCUCGCUCGAGUUUUGCAAGAAGCUAAAUCCACUGGUUGAUCUUUCCGUUGUAACUACACCUUUGUCAGACCAGCCUCGAAGUUUCUACAAGAAAUUUGAUCUUAUUUUGUGCUUGGAUCAGGACUUUGUGGUCACUUCGGAAGCCAGUUUGAUCUGCAGGCAAGAAGGGAUUGCAUUCAUUGCCGGCUCGGUAUUUGGCUGGGCUGGGUAUGGUUUUAUGGAUUUUACCGGCAGAGGGUUCAUGGUGUAAGUUUUCUUCCAUUUUUGCUUUGAUUUCGACUUUUAGAAGCAAGAAGAAGGAGAUCGAGAUGGCCGAGCUGGAAGUGGAUUUGAACGAUGAAAAUGAAACGGAAGAGUCGGCAGACAACACCAAAAAGGUGGCAGUUGUCACGUUGGAGUCUGAGGAAGAGGAGAAGACCAUGAUGGUGGGAGAUUUAUUCAAUUUUCGACAUUAUCCAUCAUGGAGAAUAUAAAAAUUUGAUUUUUUUGCUUUUAGCUUUUCCCAUUUCCAACUUUUUCGGAUGCCUUCGAUGUGAAUACGAAGACCCUUUCUCGAAGACUUCGGAAUACCGUUCCGAGAUCGUUUUUCUUGAUCAAAAGUAAGGCUAUAUUGGACUUGAGUACUUGAUUUUUAGCUCUCUUGAAAUUCAACGGCUUUGAAGAUGAAGCUUUGGAAUUGGAGUACCGAAAGCAACUUGAAACUUUUAGCCACUACAACGCCAGCGAUGAGAAUAUCUUCACCGAAUUUAGAUUGUAAGCGCAAUUUAUAUUCCACUUGAUGUGUUGCCUAAAAUAAGGUAAUUUUUUGUUAAUAUUUGAUGUUUUAGGUUCACUGGCCCUCAACUAGGAGCUUCCUGUGCUAUUAUUGGUGGUUUGCUCUCUCAAGAAGCCAUCAAAGCCAUGUCCUUGCAAGGCGAACCUUUCCGAAAUGUCCUUGUUUACACCCCUCUGGAUUCGGCAUUUGUCUUUCUGAUGCCUCCCAAGUAA